GGUUUCUUCAAAAACCCUGGCCUCGUCUGCAACUCCCCAAAGCGAAGUGCAUGUCCGCCGUCGCGACGCCGGCCGGAGUCCCGCCGUAGCCCCAUGGCCUCGCUGAAGCUCCUCCUCUCCCAAGCUCUCCGCCACUGCCUCCUCAGCCCGGCCUCCUCCGCCGCCUCCUCCUCCCGCCCUUCUCCUCUCCACCAUCUCCCCAAGUACCUCUCCUCCUCCUCCUCCUCGCCGUCGGAAUCGCAACCCCCUCCAAACGACGGCGGCGCUCCUCCCGAGCCGCCGAAGGAGCGACGGCUGCCACCCCAGUCCGUCCCUAUCCAACCAGUCUCCUACGCCGCCAAGCCCAAGGAAGCCCCGCCCCCUUCUCCCGAAGCUCCGGCUCAACGCGAUGCUCAGCCCCCGCCGCAGCCGCAGCAGCAGCCGCAGCCGCCGCCGCCGCGCGAGGCGCCGAUCCGCGAGCCUCGGGCGCGUUGGACUCGGGAGGACAUCCGUUACAUGAAGGACGCGCCGUCCAUAUCCCCCGUGUCGUACGCCAUGCGCGUGGCGCCGCUCCCGGAGGAUAGGGCAUCGGCGGAGGACGCGGCGGUAGAGGGGGCGGAGGCGGAGAAGCGGAGUGAGGGGAUGGAGUUUGAGAGGAGGCCGACCGAGGCGGGUGAUCGAGCGGCCAUGAUGAGGAGGAGGAGAUUGUCGCGGGUUUUGGAGGAGGAGGAGCAGGCGAUGGUGCCGUUCCCGAUGAUACUGAAGGUUGAGAAGAGGGAGAGCAAGGCUGUUUUCGAUUUGGCCGAGGCGAUCCGGCUUGUCAAGGCUAAUGCACGGGCAAAAUUUGAUGAAACCAUUGAAGCCCAUGUAAGGUUGGGCAUUGAGAAAAAGCGAAGUGACUUGAUAGUUCGUGGUAGCUUAGUUUUACCUCACGGCACUGGGAUGAAGGUUUCCAAGAUAGCUUUCCUGGGUGAGGGGGCAGAUGCUGAUGAAGCUAGAGCAGCUGGUGCUGAUAUAGUUGGUGGUCCUGAACUUGUUGAGAAGAUUGCUAAUAGUGGUGGCAAGUUUGAUGUUCAAAAGUGUUUCACAACUCCGGGAUUUAUGCCCCAAGUCCUAAAGAUAGCAAAGGUUCUAAAACCUCUGGGUUUGCUGCCAAAUGCCAAACAAGGCACCUUGGUUAGUGAUGUUGCCCGAGCUGUGAGGGAGGCAAAGCAGAGUAAUGUUGAUUUUAAAAUGGACAAAACAUCUAUUGUGCACGUCGGAGUUGGGAAGGUGAGCUUGUCAGAGGAUGAUUUACGUGAGAAUAUAGGUGCUUUUGUGAAUGCACUUUUGCGUGCCAAACCUGCAGGGCUGAAGAAAACUUCCAAAUAUGCUGGUUAUGUGAACUCUUUCCAUAUAUGCAGCACGAUGGGACCUGGAUUCUCUGUUUCAAUACAGUCGCUAUCAAAAGCUGCGGAUCACUAUAACAAAGUUAGUCUGAGCUGAUGUUGCCCAGGGCGAACUCCUCAAUCAUUUUUUCUUGUGAUGAAGCGCUGGGGCUACCACAAGAUUCAUCAUGCUUAGGUUAUUUUGGUUGCGCUUCCUCUCUCUUUUAUUUCCUGAGAGAUGGUUAUUAAGGCAUUUCUCUCCAGCAAAAAAUUUCAUGGGACUAUCAUAGAAUGGUUACAUGAGAUGGGUCUCUUGUUCUUGUAGUCAUGUUGCUCUUGCAGUUUAUUCUUUGGAUUUAGCGAUAAGCAUUUGGCAUCGGCGAUUGAUCAAUUAAUCGGGCAAUGACCUUUGAUUGAGAAGUAUGAAAUGAUAACCCCUCCAGCUGAGGCAGAUGCAUGUGAGCAGAAGGUUGUACGUGCAACAUGGAGAGCGUUCUUUACUUUCAUGUUCGUUUUUAGUUCUUUUUAUUUUUUAAUUUUCUGUACUCCUCAUGACUUUGUGAGUCGAUUUGCAGUAUGCAACAGCCUUGAUCUCUUGUAUUGAUUCUUCUGCUCUUGCAAGCGGUAUGUGUUGAUCUCCUUUUUCCAGCAUCAUCGUGCAAGGAGGACAAAAUCGGCGAGUGCCUCCGAGUUCUAGUCACAAGAUAGAGUUCUCUGUUUUUUCGGCCAAAGAGGCACAGAAUAGAGUUCGAGAGUGUUGAGUUUUCAAUGCAUUGAGUUUUUGCCUCAUGUAUAAUAAAUGCCUCGAUUAAUCGAAACAUUUCUCAUUAAAUUUGCUUGA